GGCUCUGGCCUGUGCCAGCCCUUUCCUGGACCUGCGGCCGCGCUCCAUCAACGUUGCCAUCAUCUUCAGCGGCUCGACCUACACACCCGAAAGUGCCCGGUUCUCGUCAGAGGACUUCCGCAAUUUCUCCAUGGAGAUCAAGCCCAUCCCGGUGGUUUUGAACGACACCAACCCUCGCAGCCUCAUCGUGCGCCUCUGCGACGUCCUCUCCUCCCUGCACAUCCAUGGUGUCGUCUUUGAGGACGACACGCGUGCUGAGGCCGUGGCCCAGAUCCUGGACUUCAUCUCAGCUCAGACUUCCGUUCCCAUCAUUGGCAUCAAUGGAGGAUCAGCCAUCGUUCUCACACCCAAGGAGAAAGGAUCAACCUUCCUGCAGCUGGGCUCAUCAACAAAGCAGCAACUACAAGUGAUGUUUGAGGUCCUCGAACAGUACGAUUGGACAGCCUUUGCCAUAAUUACAACGCACUUUCCUGGCUAUGAAGAUUUCAUCGAUUACAUUGAGGUCCUGACUGACAGCAGUUUCAUUGGUUGGGAGCGCCGCAACCGUGUGAUCCUUAAUUUCACCAACGAUCCAGACGGGGCGCUCCUCAAACGUCAGCUCGGGGAGAUAAAUGCCCGUAUCUGCCUUCUCUAUUGCUCCCGCGAAGAAGCUGAAGGUAUCUUCCGUGCUGCUCGGGAAAUGAAGCUCACAGGCCCUGGAUACAUCUGGUUCUUGGCAGGUGCCAACUUUGGCCAAACUGAGUAUGUGCCUGACCAUCUCCCUGAAGGUCUCUUCAUGGUUGCAGCAGGAUGGAAAGAUGAUCUCUACCGCAGGGUGCAAAACGGUGUGGCCAUCAUCGCCAAAGGAGCUGAGGCCCUCUCCCAAGUCUACGGCUCAAUCCCAAAAUUCAACAAUGAUUGCCGGGCGCCCAACCUCACCCAGAUCAACGAGAACUUGCAUCGGUACUUCAUGAAUGUUACGUGGGGACAGAAGGAUUUUUCUUUUAAUGAAGAUGGGUACCUCAUCAAUCCAUCCUUGGCCGUGAUCUCUCUCAACAAAGAACGCACAUGGGAGGUGGUGGGAAGGUGGGAUCACAGAGUCCUGACCAUGAGGUACAGCAAAUACCAACCUGUGGAUGAAAACAAUCACCUCACCGUGGCAACCCUGGAGGAGAGGCCCUUUGUGAUCGUGGACGACAUUGAUCCUGCCACCAAGACCUGCAUCCGGGACUCAGUGCCCUGCCGCCACCCACUCAACCAUACUAACAGCAAUCAUUUGGAAAAGAGAUGCUGCAAAGGGUUUUGCAUCGACAUUCUGAAACGUCUGGCUAAGAAUUUGGGUUUCACCUACGACCUCUAUCUAGUCACCAACGGCAAGCAUGGCAAGAAGGUCAACGGGAUGUGGAAUGGCAUGAUUGGAGAGGUAUUUUAUUUGCGAGCUGACAUGGCAAUUGGAUCCUUGACCAUCAAUGCGGAGAGAGCUGAAGUGAUAGACUUCUCUGUGCCCUUUGUGGAGACCGGAAUCAGCGUCAUGGUGUCCCGUAGCAAUGGAACUGUUUCACCUUCUGCCUUCCUAGAACCAUACAGCCCUGCCGUCUGGGUGAUGAUGUUUGUUAUGUGCCUGACCGUUGUCGCGGUGACUGUCUUCAUCUUUGAAUAUUUCAGCCCAGUAGGCUACAAUCGCAGCCUUAGUGCCAGUAAACGCACCGGAGGUUCCAAGUUCACCAUUGGGAAGUCGAUCUGGCUGCUCUGGGCUUUGGUGUUCAACAACUCUGUGCCUGUGGAGAACCCCAGAGGCACAACCAGCAAGAUCAUGGUGCUGAUCUGGGCCUUCUUUGCCGUCAUCUUCCUUGCUAGCUACACUGCCAACUUGGCUGCCUUUAUGAUCCAGGAGGAAUACGUAGACACGGUGUCUGGCCUCAGUGACCAGAAGUUCCAGAGACCCCAGAACCACUACCCGCCUCUGAGAUUUGGCACUGUUCCCAACGGGAGUACUGAGAAAAAUAUUCGGAACAACUACGGGGAGAUGCAUGAAUACAUGGGGAAGUACAACCAGCGCAGUGUGGAGGAUGCACUCCAUAACCUGAAGACGGGGAAGCUGGAUGCCUUCAUUUACGAUGCAGCCGUCCUAAACUACAUGGCCCGCAAGGAAGAGGGCUGUAAACUGGUCACCAUAGGAAGUGGGAAGGUCUUUGCCACCACUGGCUACGGCAUUGCGCUGCAGAAGGGAUCCAAGUGGAAACGGCCCAUUGACCUGGCCCUCCUCCAGUUUCUGAGUGACGAUGAGAUUGAGUUGCUGGAGCGCCUGUGGCUGUCCGGAAUCUGCCACAACGACAAAAUCGAGGUGAUGAGCAGCAAGCUAGACAUCGACAACAUGGCUGGGGUCUUCUACAUGCUCCUUGUGGCCAUGGGGCUGAGCCUGCUGGUCUUUGCCUGGGAACACCUCAUUUACUGGAAGCUGCGACACUGUAUGAGGCACACGGGCCGGCUGGACUUCCUUCUUGCCUUCAGCAGGGGCAUGUACAGCUGUUGUAGUAGUGAAGACCCCAAAAUCCAAGACCAGCAGCAGCUGCCCAUCUUGAACCACAACUAUGGGCCAUCACGAGGUGGAGCGCCAGCAUUGCCCAGUCCCCCUGGGCCACCACUUCCCUGUUCCAGCUUCCUGCCUCGAGAACGCCGAAUUGUGGAACGGUGGCGCCACGCCCGCAGCCCUAAUUGUUACAAGGACCUGUACCCUCCGACACCUGCAGAGCUCCCCACAACCAAACCUCCACGCCACAGCCUCAAGAGCCCUUUCUCCGAUGGCUUCCACCGCUUCUAUGGUCCCAUUGAACCCGAAGGGCUCUCUGACCACGUCGGUACCAAAAAGAUGGCACCCUGUCAGCUCUCACCGCCACCACCCACCCGGGGACUCGAAAACCCACCCUCUUAUUUUGCCAUUGUACGUGAGAAAGAUACUCCCGACAUGCCCCCAGUAGCAUCCGGUUGGCAACGCAAAUCGCUUCGUGGAUUGUACGAAAGUUUCCAAGCUGGGAAAGCGGCCGGCCGGGCCCCGGAGGUGAAGAAGUACGACGGGCCACCGAGCAGUUACACAGCCAAGAGCCCUUGCGAACUGGAACGGGGCAGCAGCCGGCCUUUCAGCAAGGAGCGGGGCCGGUACGGCUACACGAGGCUGUCCUACGAAGACGAACGCUCCCCACCCGUCCCCCGUUACCGGCAUGCCGAAGAGACGUCUCUGCCACGAGCUGAGCCAGAAGCCAAAUGCCCAGCCUCAGCAAGCCGCGAAAGGGGCUCCCGAGCUCACAUUUGCCGUAGCCAUUCCCAUCCACUCGCCGUAGGUGCCAGCUUGCGCAGCCAAAGUCAUUACGUGGACUUUUCCGACUCGGAUUCCGACAUCUGUGAGAGGGACAGCGACGGCCACAGCUGCUGGUAUCAGUCGCCGGAUUAUUUCUGCACCUACCCAUCCCGGGAGAGGCAGCUGUUUGCCACACACAAGCCCCUGCACUACUGGUCAGCUGAUAAGUUGGCAAAAUGCCACGGAUGCCACGGCCCCUGCCAGCAUUGCCUGAGCUUGGAAAUGCUCCCACCACCCACUCCACCGUGCCGCAAGGAGGCCUUGCGCUAUCCCGAGGAGCGUCUGGAGCGCCGGCUGGACUGGGAGCACCGCCACUGUAGCGUCUACGGUUGCCUGGCUCCUCGGCACCGCCACGGCUUCCACCGACGCUACCAUCACCAUUCCUGUGACCUGGGGCCGACUGGCGGAGUCCUUCAUCCCACCUCCCGCAGCCUGGAGGACCUCAGCUCCUGCCACAUGAUGCGCUGUGGGGCCUCCCAUCGGCACCCGGGGGGCUUUUCCCCCGACUGGCUGCCGCGCCGGGUGAGCCGAAGCGGGGAGCUUUUUGCUCGGCGUGGGUCUGCCCAUUUCUCCAGCCUGGAGUCGGAGGUAUGACCAGCAACAGGUGGGGUGGGACUGGGGUGGGGGGUGGGGAGAGAGGCUUCAGAUGGGACAGCAGAGAAAAGACUGCACUGUAGCUCAGCCCACAGAGUGGGGACUGAGAUGGAGGAGAUGGUGCUGUUGCCCGAACCAGGGUACAGAGGUAGUACCGCGAAGAUGACCACGGAGAGGGGGAAGCAGAACAGUGCCACAAAUGAACCCACCAAGGCAAAGGGCAAGCCACAGAGGCCACCAGGAAGAUACGGGAUAGUGCCACACCUCCCUGCCACAGAAAAGGGGAAUUUUUUAAACCAAAAGAGUUACCCGUUAAUCCUACCGUGGCAACUGGAAUCAUAACUAAUCCCAUAGAGCUGAACAGAAGGGGGAGUGGAGAGGAUCUUUCAGAGAGGGGCAACACCGUGCUACUGCUAUCCCAAGUGCCGCCAGAGUAGCUCCCUGUGACAACAUGCCCCGUGUCCCUUCCACCAGCCAACUUACAGCAGGAGGUAGAAGGGAGCUGUUCCCUCCUGUUUCUCCACGACAGACCUUUUAUAUCCAGAAAAAAGGGCUUUCCUGCCACCCUGUGGCACACUGAUGGGGUGG